GGAGCACACUGACAGAAGCCCACCACCACCCGCCCCCCCUCCGCAAUCAGAGAGGUCAGAAAGAGAGAGAGGGGGGCGCGCGUGUUGCAAGCUCCUGACGAGCGCGCACCAUUGCACGGUCGGCGCGACACGCGUGUCGAGAAACAUCGGCGACUCGCCGUCGUCGUCGUCGUCGUCAUCUUCGUCGUCGUCUUCUCCGGCAUCGUCACCAUCACUCGCUGGCGAGUGACGCGAGACGCGACGAGGUUUUUUUUUUCCGCGCAGCUCGGCUCGGGAGGACAAAGGAGGCUCGAAGCGCGUCGCAGCCAAGCUGCCAUCCUCUCCUCCACACGCUCCACCCCGAGGGGACCAUCGGAGCAAGAAGGACGAAUACAGAAAACCAUCUUUGUCCGCUUUUAAAUUUAUGGUAUUCACAGCGCCGCAAAUAGCCAGGCCGCGAGGUCAGCUGCUGCAGCGGCGCUCCACUCUGCCUGCCGCCGCCGCCGCUGCUGCCCCCUCGCUAACGAGGCCGCCGAGACCGCGUGACCCGGAGAAGCUCCCUCCCGCGAGAGGAAUACACGCCAUGGAACGUGGCCUGGAGCAGGAGGUGGUGGUGGGCGAGGGCGGCCGGACGGACGCCAGCGAGCGGUGCGAGCACGAGGAGGACGCGGCUACGCGCAGAUUGAACGAAGACGCCGCAAGUUCCGAGCGACCCGAGGCAGCUGAGCGGCGCGAGCAGGCGGCUGCUGGGCAGGAAGACGUCGAGAAGACGCCGGCGACGGAGGGGAGGCACGACGACUCGGAGACGUUUCCACCGCGUGGAGACACUGAGCAAGGUCCCCAGCUUCGGCAGGCUGACACAACUCGGCACGCAGAGGAGGCCGAGGCAACUGAGGAUUCGCAUCCACAGGAAACUCGAGGGCCGGAACCAGAUCACACACAAGGAGGCAUGGAGAUCCAGCGAAACGGACAACUCGCCUCAAGUGGCGAGAAUGACCGACCUCCUGCACCGCAGCCCACAAAGGCUCCCGGUGAGGCCCAAGGGACUCAGUGCAGCACAGUCAGUUUACCGGCGAUCUCAGAUCAACAAGAUCAUGCUGAUGAGUUAGAGGAUUCCAAACCAGCAGAAGCAUCAGAUGAAGCUCUUGAGAGUUUACCGGCAAUCUCAGAUCAACAAGAUCAUGCUGAUGAGUCAGAGGAUUCCAAACCAGCAGAAGCAUCAGAUGAAGCUCUUGAGAGUUUACCGGCGAUCUCAGAUCAACAAGAUCAUGCUGACGAGUUAGAGGAUUCCAAACCAACAGAAGCAUCAGAUGAAGCUCUUGAGCAUCAGGGUGAGACACAAGACAGUAGAGCAUUAGACGAUGCUUGCGUUGAGAAGGCAGAUGCCGCUCGUGACGAAUCAAAGACAGGAGAUUUAACGGAUUCGCUGAAAGACAUAGGAGGCACAGAACCAGCUGAUAGUUUAGAAAUACACAUUCCGCAAAUGGACGAAGCUGAGACACAAGAAAGCAAGGUCUUAGACGAUGCUUGUGUUGUGAAGGCCGGAUACACUCGACUCAAAUCAGAGACGGAGAGCUCAGAGGGCAGUCUGAAGAACGUGAAAGAUACCGUUCCAGCAACUGAGUCAGACAUCCACCAUCCGCAAGCGGGUGAAGAAAGAGAAGGGCAAGCCGAACCUAAGGACUCAAGUGUGGAGCAAGGAUUUGAGGAUCUCGAGCAGGAAUUGAAGAAUUUGCAAUCAGACGAAGAGGCGAUUCGAGUGCAUGAGCAUGAAUUUGAGGACUUGGAGCAAGCAGAGGCACUGGAAAAAGUGGCGAAUGCAGAAGAAAAAGAUGACAAUAACACACCAGCAAUACUCGCAGCACUGGAGCCAGCUGCUGAAGAGGAGCAACCCGAAAUACUCUUGCCAGCUGACACUUUACGUCCAGAAAAAGAGCAGGCAUUUGAGGACCUUGAGCAAGAAAUAGUAUCUCUGCGAUCCCGUGAAGAAUAUGACCCGGUGGAGAUUUCAGAAGAUUUAACGACCUCCGAGUGUGAGCAGGACGUAAAACGUGCAAUGGAAUUGGAGGAGCGUGGACCGUUCCCAGCAACCGAACAGGAGAAGUUUGAUGAAGUGCGGGCAGCUGUGAAUGUUGAGACAGCAGAGGAGCAGAAGGGCGCAGACAUCGAGCAUGGACCUGAAGAGAGACAGCUAACAGGAGAAGACAUGGGUGAUGUGCAGCCUAAGCACAACGUGAAUGAAAUCGAAACUGCGGAUUCGGUCGCGGUAGAUACUGCACAUCGAGAAGAAACCAAUGUCGCAGAGGAAGCAGGAGAUGUAGAACAAUCACGAAAGAGUUCAUGCCCAGCAGUCCGAACCUCUACCGAAUUGGAAUAUGGUGACGCUGGGAUUGCCGUGUAUGUCACCGAGGCAGAUGAUGAGAAAGAGGAAGACGCAAUGGAGGAACUCGUACCGGCGGCACACUCACCAGAAGGAGAAUUGCCUCAAGGUGCGGAUCAAGAAUAUGCGCAAGAGAAAUCAAAGAUCGCAGAACCCGAUGGCGUGCCCGGAGACACCGCUGACCGAGAGUCAGUCGGCACGGUCGAAGACGUCGGAACAGUGAUGCAUUCCGAAGAAGUGAAUCUAAUUGAAAUCCACAAAUUGAACACGUGCCUGGAUCCAGUCGACGAUAAAGAACGAGGAGUGGAAACGAACGAAGCGAUGGACGUAGAGCCACUCAUGGGAACGCAUGUUCACGAGCAAGAGCAGGUGACAGAAAAUACAGGACCUGAAAAGCUUGUGCCAUCACAAAGUACAGCAACAGAGCUGAGCCCGAAUGAAGAGCCGCAGGAUCAACAAAUGCAGAGGAGUGAAAAUCUUGGAAUAGACAACCCACGGGAGGAGCAGCAGCAACAACUUAUGCCGUCUGAAAUGUCCGAAGCUCUGGCUCCAACCGAAGAACUGGAGUCUGCAGAUCUAUCGGUUCAAACUGGGGUAACUGAAGAUGCCAGUAGCUUAAAGGACGUCAACAUGAAUGAACAGUAUGACCCAAAUAAUCUUGAAAACACACAAAGCAAUGAUAAUUUUGACAUGCAGUUAGCACGUGAGGAUCUGGAUCAGUUAAACACGAUUGAAUCAGAGGGCACAGGCGAAGCAGAAAACCAGCCCCAUGCAUUGGUGCCACAAGCUACCAAUGAUUUAGACAAAACAUUACCCCAAAGCCUAGACCCGUCUGCAGAGACACUGAUUGGCUCAGUCGAGAGUCUUGAACCAACCGAAAUAUUAGACCAAUACUUGCAGCAAUUUGAGGAGAGCAACCUCGUGUGGAAUUUAGAAAUGGACAGCAAUCUGGGGCGAGCUGAGAGUACGAAGCGACUGAAUAAACUUGACGAUUCGAAUAGCGCAGAGAAGACCGAUAAUUUGCGGCACACUCAGAGAAACGAUCCCCCUAGACAAAGAGAGAUGCUCGUAAACGUCGAACCAGAUGCCAACGAAUGUGGAAUGCACGCGAUCACAGAAGUAGAAGAAGCAAUGCAACUUGACGUUCUGGAACAAGAUGCUAAGCUAGAAGUGGAAAAAAAUGAGAAUAAAUCCUCACAGCAUGACAACUCGACGUAUCAGGCUCACGCUGAGCAAUCAGCUGACACGACGUCAGAGGAUUCUCAAAAAGCUGAAUGUAACAAGUGGCCGAAGGAGCUAGACCAGCCUUCGCCAUUUGAUCACAAAGGGUACAUGGAAGGACCUCGUGAGGAAAGUGAACAGGUUGAGCACCUGCAGUCUGUGAUGCCAACUACAAGCGAGCAGGAGGCGGUGGAGGAGGAGCCUACUGGGGUCUCAGAGAUGUCUCGAGGGUUUGGACAAGACCAGCGCCUGCAACGAGGAGACCACGAUGGUGCACCGGUGGUGAUGCACAAGCAGCAGCAUUUAAGGUCGAUCACAGACGAUGAUUUGGAGAAGCUCCAGUCUCCUGGGAAUGCAGAUGUUGAGCACGAGACGGGCCAAGCUGAAGACCUGAAACAGGAAGACAUCCAGCAAAGGGUAGAGCCCCAGAAUCCAGUCACAGAUGAGCGGUCCGAAACAUCGCAGCCCUCUGAGAUCAUUGAAAUGGCCGAGAGGCUGGAGAAGGAAGAGUGCCUAAGAGGAGAAGACGAGGGCGAGGAGAACACACGUAAGCCCCACGACCCGCCAGAGAUGCCAGCGUCGACUGAGACCACCAAAACAGAAGAUGACAUCGCCGAGGCUGAACAAUUGGAGCGAGACAAGAGCCAAGAGCGGGAGGACAUAGAGCGUCUUCAGUCCCUGGCACCAAUUGCGGACGACGUAGCACAAGUGGCGCAGUCCGCAGAGAUAACCCAAGCGGAGGCGUCACGCGCUGACGAGACUGCUUCAGGUUCGGCUGAAGCGGUCGAUGAGGAUCAGAGCGCACGACCGGUAGAUAGCCAGGAACAAGCAGAGCCUUUAGAGUUGGAGACGUCGCAGCCGACGCAGAUCACGGAGAUAGCCAAUGAGCUUGAUGAGUGUGCGAACCUGCAAAAUAAAGACGACGAGAUGAAGGAGGAGGUGACACAGGUCGAGUUUUUAAAAGCCACUGGGAACGAACAGCCAGAGACUGUGCAGGCCACGGAGAUGAGGGACACGGCGAGAGGCGCCGGGAGGGAUGAAGCCAUAAGCCAGGGGGGUAACGAGGGAGAAACGGACAUCAAACGGUCUGCUGAGAUAAUAGAGGUGGAGGUGCCACAUGGGACAGCGAUAAGAGAAACGGACGGGGAGAUGGAUGAAGCGCAAGGGCCGGGGCAGGAAGGUCACCACGAUAGGGCAGAUCACGCACAGCCCCAAUCGUCAAGUGCGUAUACAGAUGGUCAAUCGGAGAUGUCGUGCUCCACGGAUGUUUCAGAGACGGUAACAAAAGCUGAGAAAGUUGAACACACCGAAGAAGUAGCUGUUCAGGAAAGGGCAGAUGCUGAGCGCCGUCAGCCGGAAUAUCCCGCGGCUGAGGAGACAGAGAAGACAUCGCAGUGUGACGAGAUUACAGAAGGGGAGAUGGCGAAGUCUGCUGACGCCCUUGAGAAAGAUCAACGCUGUCAAACAGAGGACAGCCGGGAACAACCUCUGCACAUGACCACAGUAGGCCGCUUGCCACCAGAGGAACCAGAGUCUGCAGAGAGCAUGGAGACAGUGAAGGGGAAUGAUGAUGCUGACGACCAGGAUGCAACAGAGGCGGCGUUUAAGCCACCUUUAGAGUUGGUUAUAGAUGAACCCACAGAGGUUCCACAGUUGACCGAGGUUAUAUUGACCAACGAAGACACGAAUCCUAAACAGGAUGAACCAGGAGAGGGCACGGCGUCUCCUUCUCUGGGGAACGAGUGUGCUGUGCAGGGGAAUGUGAGAAUCACGGAUCAGCCCUUUGAAACCUCGUCAGGUCAUCAGCCGGAACGAAAAGAUCCAGAAAUUAGUGGGAAAAAUAUCAAGGAUACUUUGCAGUCAUUGAUUCACUGCAACGUGGUGGAAUCGUCUCACGGCAUGAUCCUGGAACCCAGCGAGAAAGGAAACAUGCACAUAUCCAAAUACAAGCUCAUGAACCCAGACUCGCAGCCAGAGAUUCAAAAUGAGAAGACCAUACAUGGCGACAUUGGAAGUAUCCUCAACGAGCUGCUCACCCACAGGGAGCCCCAGAGGCAGGAGGUCGCAAUUGAGAAGGAGGAGAGGGGCAACCUGAAGGAGAUUCUGGACAAGUUGAUGACGCAGUCAAGCACGUGUGAGGAUGACAAAGAAGGCGACCGAGUUGAUGGAACAGCGAGAGAAUAUCCCGACACUGACACAUCUGGGAUUCAGAACGGAAUCCUUAUACAGGAGUGUCUCCAGGGCAGCGUCAAGAUGACGGUCUACUCGCUGCAAAACCAAGAUGACAACGGCAGUGGCCAGAAAGAAGAAGUCAUAGCUGGCAAUGUUAAAGGGGCAAAGGAGAGCCUCUUGGCCUCUGCAGAGAAGCCAACGCCGAGAAAGCUCGAGCUGGAUUACAUCCGCAAGGGAAACGUACGCUUCUACACAACGUGCAUCAACAGCGGUGCCCUGGGCUACCUGCAGCUCCUGCAGGACCAGGGGGAGCAGCUUGAAGCGGCUGCAUCCUGUGACGCGAGCCGUGCCGGUCCCGUGCUCGCAGACACGGAAGAGAGGGUGGAUGUGAAGGCGAUACGCAAGUCGUUUGAGGCAGCCUUAAAAGAGUCUGGAAAUGAAAAUGCCAUCAAGGUUCCCGUUUGGCCACAGUACUGCGCUUCCAAUAUCAAGUCGGGGACGGCGAGUGAAAAAGCGCCCGGCGAAGCGGUGAAUGCUACGCCCCGACGUUCGGAGGCGCCUGCAAGUGCUGACGGAUGUGCUGCGAGCCAAGAGGCAGAGGGUCAGAGUGCAGCUCAAGCGAACGCAAGCGAAACUCUGCUUGAAACACAGAGCACGCACACCCCAGAGUCGGGCCCUAUUACAGAGAGUCGGGUCCAAUGCGAAGAAGUCGCGAAGGUGAACGUGAAAGAUGCGCGCAGGAGUUUUGAAGAAGCCAAACAACUGGUGAGAGAAGUACAAAGGGAGAAAGUGGUCAGGGGCAACGUGGAAGCCGCGAAGCAAAGUUUGAUGGAAUCGUUCAGCCGCGGGAAGGAGGUCGUGCGCCAGGUCGACAUCGCGGAAGAUCUGCAGACCCUUCAGCGGAAUGCGCCACUGGUCCAGCACGCUGCCUCCGUGUACCACGACGGCCACCUCCUGGUCGAGGUGACCAACGAUAACAACAAUCGGACCUCCGGCGAGGAGGGCUCCCCUGCAUCGGCAGGAACUCCCUCUGAUUUGAAGGCCAGUGAUACACUGGAAAAUGAAGAAAUCGACGCAAACGCACAUCGAGAAACUCAGGAUCCAACGCCUCGGCACACCGAGUGCCGUGGCGAAGUCCACAAAGACGCCCACAACACGAGAGGGAAGUUACAGGAGCGCAAGGCUCCUCAAGAAAGCGCAGAAACCAGUGAACAGUCAUCUACAGAGAAUACAAAGUCGCGUGCGUUUACUUGCGCGAACGAAAACACAACGGGGCCGCGAGAUGAGAGUGAGAAGGGCCUCCCGAAGCAGGCUGCACGGGAGCCGCGUUUUCAAAUUCCUCCACCGGAGCCGGCGGCCCAGGCUAAGCACGCGACCCUUCAAGAGGAGCUACCCCUGCCCGCUCCUCCAUUCGAAUGCGAGCUCGAGGGUUCACUGCCGCCUCCGCCGCCCGAAGUCCUCGCCGCGGUCGUUGCAGAAGAUCUGCCACUGCCACCCCCGCCACCUCCGGACACGCUCAAGGACGACUCCAGGCCGCCGUCGUACCCCUCGUCUCCGACGCACGCGAGCCAGCAUGGCCAGGAACCAAUGGGCGUCCGCAAGCUGCCCUUUCGAGUGAGGACGUUGGACAUGCCAGGUCCACCGAUAUCUUCGUACGCCCCCAUUCCGUUUAGGAAAAAGGCUGCGGACGCUCAGCCGUCGCAAGACAAAGUGCAGUGCGACGCGUCUGUGCCUAGGCAAAAUAACGAUGCCGACGUGGCCAAUGCCUCUCCGAACAAGUUGAAGCAACAUUUGAAAAACCAGGAGUCAUCGUCUGCUGUCACAUUGCGAGACAUAAACGCCAUCAACAAAUACCUGGAAUCAAACGUAGAACAUUUUCACAUUACAUCUGGCCCAAUAGUGCGUCCGGUCAUAUUCAAACCCGACAAAUCCAAUCCGCUCGAGACGUCCGUAAUCAGCCCGCAACGCACGAGCCCCCAGAAGAAGCCAAAACCGGUCACCAAGAGAGCGUUCAAGACCCCGCUGAUGAUCGCCGAGGAAAACUUCAAGCGACAGCAAGCCGAGAAACAGAAAGACAAGACUGCCGGCUUGGCGACGAGCACGCAGUGGAGGGACGUGCACAAAGGCCAAGACGAUGACGCCGACCGCACUUUGUCAAACGAGGCCGCGUACCCGCACGACAACCCACUGUGUGACGAGAGGACGAGUUCUGCCCACACGGGCGCCCUGAUGGCCGCUGAGGGCGCAGCGCAGUGCGUUAUUUUCACCAACAAAGCACUCACGAAUAAUCAGCAGCUCAAUCAAAAUCCGCAGCGUCCCACAGAGGCGGCAGCGACAACCCCGUGGCAUUUGGAGGCAGGGACGCAGCCCACGUCGACGCAGGCGCACGUGGAGCAGCGGUCUGCCUGCGGCGUUCGGCGCACGGCGACGGAGGAAUGCACUCAACAGCAAAGCAGCGAGCUCAGUCGCCUGCGGUGCGAGUCGAGCGUUCGAGGAGGCAAGGGCGCUGCUGGCGCGGAGCCACAAGGAUCGUGUUCGAGCCACGAGGCGGCUCUGGGCGGCCAGGAGAGGGAGGGCGACUCGGCCGGACCGGGUCCCGCGAGCUUCCCAUAGCGGCGUCACUGCAGGAAGGAUGAAGGCGGUGGUGGCUGAGGUGAGCCUGGACCCACACCUGACUGCAAGGGAAGCCUCCUCCUCCUCCCUCGAGAGUCUGGACAUCAAAUCGUCCAGCUGACACAAGACGCAUCACAUUCACAACUGCUCCACGUCACAUUCUAGGACGCAGCAAAUUGCACUGAUCUAGCAAACAACCAAACGCUGAUCAGAACCUUCCACGGACCUGUAGACAAUGCAUUCGGCCGUACGCCACAUUCUCCGUCGCCAUAAUACUUGAAAUAUUGUUACCAAGGGGAUUAUACCAUACGUCCGUGUACAACACAAGCAUGUACUGGGACUACAUUUAGAAUUUUCAUGCGUCCUGAGAAGUAGGUAGGUCACGUGGGUGAGCUGGGCAGGUGUAGCAGAUACUAUUAGAGUGCGAAAGCAAUGGCAGCUUAAGUUUCUCAAUUUUUAUUUAUUUGAGUUUACCUUCCGUGAGGGCAUAAUGGUGUCCGGCAAUUGCGCCCUGAACCCGGGGGGCCUCGAGUUCAACCCCCUUACCCCCGUCACCGCGGACACGAGCAGCGAGUGCCAAUGUGACAUGUCCGUCCGGGUGUCCUCCCUCCCCUCCCUCCGACUCACCGACCCACGCCGACCAACGCGGUUAGGCUUGUGGUAAAACAACCUCAUCGAUGUGACACCGUGUGCGGCGGAGUAUGCCUUCGCGAGGGCGGCGGCGGAUCGACGACGAGUCGACGAGUUGUCGCUUCGUUGAUUCUUUUUUUUGCAGAGAAACACGCGGAAGCCGCGUGCCCCCUUUGUGACGCGCAAAAGCCACGUGACCGAUGGGGCAUCCGGUGCGCGUGUGAAGAGAGAUAUCAUAGAAACCGUGCCAUACGUCGUAGAACCCUUGUGCCAUCGCGAUUCAUUGCUGACAAUGUCAGUGUGGUGUAGGAAAUCAUCGAUGAUGAUGAAGUUAAUACAAAAUACUCGAUUGCCUUGAUGGUAGUAACACGGGAGGUAGUGAUGCGCGGCUGAUGGGGAAGCAGGGGAGUGAUUCUGCCACUCCAAUAACCGGCAGUGUGGCGGCGUGACGCCCACGCAGCCAAGACGUUUAAGUCCAUGGGCCAAACCAGUAUCCAGCACCAAUACAGCUGACAUUUAGUGAUACUAAUUUAUCUAUGUAUGUAUGUAUGUUGAACUUCUUUCGCACCGCACGUAGCCAGCCGUGCCAAAAAUGAGUUUUAAAGACAUGAGUUCGCAACUUCGAUUAAGAAGUACAUCGCUCCUGUGGCGUCACAAUAAGAGUGGAUUACAUGACAAGGCAAGGUUACCGCACGGGCUACUUUUAAUCACGACGUAAAGAGCUUGCUGUCGGGUGGCAUCAACAAGUAAAAAAAAGAACGUUUGUGCCCCACGGGCUAAAUGCCGCUUUGCUCAUUUAGCCCGUGGGCCACGAAUGUUGCGCGAACGGCAGCUUCGAGCUGGGAGCGGCGCCUCGACGCAGCGCUCGCUCGACAUACCCGCAGGCAGGGCGAUCCACUUGUAGACCCCCCAUAGAAGUCAUUUCGCGACGUAGUUGCUUCUCCACAGACGCAAGGGGAGGGAGGGAGGGUGGCCCCCAAAAACGUUGCAGAGGAUUUUUGUCAGCGUGCAUUGGGAGAUUGGCGGGGAGCCAACACGCGCUUUCUCCAUAGUCUCCUAUUUGUAUUUUGAGCUGGCCGUCUCUGAAUGGAUCGCCGUGUUUGAUUAAGGUCCCGCUCUCACGAUAUCGUUGCUUAAGAUCCGCGUGUCCUGUCUGUUAUUCCGCUAAGGAAAGUACAUGGGGGUGGGGUGGAGGGGGGGGAUUUUUAUGUUAAAGGCAUGGCGGUCGUGGCAUGCAGCACGAAUGACGACGAUAGCUCUGAAGAGUCGUCAGCACGCCGACGGACAAUGCGGCCAAUGUAUCCCCGUGUCGUGGUAUGAGGGCCAUCCAUUGAGUACGUACGAGUGGAGGGGGGGGGAGGUGGACCCAAAUGCGUACGCUAGCGUAUAGGGGGUCUACUGACAAUGUGCGUACGCAUAGGAAACGUGGGGGGGGGGGGGGGGUGAAGCCUCGCUAAUAAUUUGUCUACAUUGGCCUUCAAAUGAGCCACAGUUCAGUGUCUCCAGCUGUCAGACAACAAGUACUGCCGGGAGAAGUGGGACUGUGGGAGAGGUGUCACUUCGUGUGCCACCGUGCCCCCCUGACUGCUAACUAUCACGCAGCUCAGCAACAUCAGUGGCCAAAGUACGCAACUUAAGUCUUUAAUGCAGCCGGCGGUGGAUUAAAUAUCGGCCGUUCUAUAAGAUUCUGGGGGGGGGGGGUGCGUCAGGCGUACGUACGCAGGUGGAGGGGAGGGUAAAGAGUCCGCGUGCCUACAGGGAGGGGUUAAGUUCUGACAGAUCGUCUGCGUAACCUACUCAAUGGGUGGCACCUAUGGCUGCUGUGUUCCGCUGCCAGAGGUGUUCGGCAGUUGCGCUGCCGCGUGUUACCGAGUGCUCUUCGACGCGGUGUCCGACGUUUUUCUUUAGUUCCUGAAGAAGCCCCCCCCCCCGCCCUGAGAAGCGAAAUCGUCGGGACGUCGCGCCGAAUAGCGCGCGGUCGGAUAUCACCACCACCAUCACCACCACAUCAGCACCACCACCAUCAGCACCACCAUCACCACCAACAUCAUCACCACCAUCAUCACCACCAUCACCACCACCAUCACCACCAUCACCACCACCAUCAUCACCACCAUCACCACCACCAUCAUCACCACCAUCACCACCACCAUCACCACCAUCACCACCACCAUCACCACCACCAUCACCACCAUCACCACCACCAGUCACCACCACCAUCACCACCACCAUUGGGGGAAGCUACAUUACACCAUUCAGCACUGAUCCCGUGGUUGCUUGUGCUACCAGGAACAAGCAGGCCAUGUAGCUUGUUACUAAACUCGGUCGUUCAAGGCGGCGACCUCCACGAGGGCUCCAAGUGGCGCCUUGCGAGCCGCUCGUGCGACGACGACCACUGCGAUGCCCAUCGGGUCGCGAGUAGAUUUGCAAUAUCUAACCAUUUGUAUUUACGAUUUUACAACAACAAUAAUAUAAGGGAUGGGGAGGGGGCUUAUUUAUAUGUGAUAACAAUUACUUAUCGUAUUUAGUCGAUUGCAGUUACUCUAAGUGGACUUUACGGUCCAAAUACAACACGUGUCCCCAACGGGGGUCGCGUCGCUGUGGAACACGGCAGGUGAGUUUCGCUUCACACAACCAUCGCUCCCUGCCCUGAGCGUUCAUUCCGCUGCAGGCAGCAUUGGCCGGGGAAGGCUGCGCUGGGACAUUCGAGAUUGAAUUAAAAAUCUUAAUAAUAAUAACAAUAAUAAUAACGAUUGUGCCGUGGGGCUGAAUACCGUCCGUUGUAACGGGGGCAUGCACCAGGUGUGUAGACUGCCGCAAACAUUUAAUGGAAUGCCGGGAGCUAAUAGAUCGUAGAGCUACAAUUAACUCGUUUGUAUAAUUUAUAUGGUUUGGUGAACGUAUUUUUUUUUGUUCGGAAUAAUAAACGAAAACGUAGAGCUUCUGUUUAACACGAAGGCGUUGUAAUGGUACUUUAGAUUUUAACGUUCAAAUACUUCGCUGCUGAAAAUCUGGAGAUUCGCAAUCGCCUGCUCCGAGGAGGCCCAGCGAAGCAGAUUGUGUCAGCUGACACACCACGGGCUUGCACAACUUGCAGUUUACUUUGAUCCGAGAUGAUUCGUGUUUCGAAAUUACUUCAGCUACAGAACUUUGAGCAUGUAUUUUGUAUCGCAGCUAGAAUGAUAAGCAUUAAAACUUUGAAACUCA